UCCCUGAGAGAAGGCUGUCUGUUACAGGGAUCUAGAGGAGGCUCUAGAGAUGGGAGGGGACUGGUCCCUGAGAGAAGGCUGUCUAUAGACUGAUAACCUGGUGUCUGUUACAGGGAUCUAGAGGAGGCUCUAGAGAUGGGAGGGGACUGGUCCCUGACAGAAGGCUGUCUGUUACAGGGAUCUAGAGGAGGCUCUAGAGAUGGGAGGGGACUGGUCCCUGAGAGAAGGCUGUCUGUUACAGGGAUCUAGAGGAGGCUCUAGAGAUGGGAGGGGACUGGUCCCUGAGAGAAGGCUGUCUAUAGACUGAUAACCUGGUGUCUGUUACAGGGAUCUAGAGGAGGCUCUAGAGAUGGGAGUGGACUGGUCCCUCAGAGAAGGCUAUGCCUGGGCAGAGGAUAAGGAGCACUGUGAGGAGUAUGGCAGGAUGCUGCAGGCCGACCCCAACAAGGUCUCCUCCAAGGCCAAGAAGAGAGGCCUGCCUCAGCUGGGUACUCUGGGGGCAGGGAACCACUACGCUGAGAUCCAGGUGGUGGAUGAGAUCUAUAAUGACCUGUCCUUAUUCCAGCUGGGUACUCUGGGGGCAGGGAACCACUACGCUGAGAUCUAUAAUGACCUGUCCUUAUUCCAGCUGGGUACUCUGGGGGCAGGGAACCACUACGCUGAGAUCCAGGUGGUGGAUGAGCUCUAUAAUGACCUGUCCUUAUUCCAGCUGGGUACUCUGGGGGCAGGGAACCACUACGCUGAGAUCCAGGUGGUGGAUGAGAUCUAUAAUGACCUGUCCUUAUUCCAGCUGGGUACUCUGGGGGCAGGGAACCACUACGCUGAGAUCCAGGUGGUGGAUGAGAUCUAUAAUGACCUGUCCUUAUUCCAGCUGGGUACUCUGGGGGCAGGGAACCACUACGCUGAGAUCCAGGUGGUGGAUGAGAUCUAUAAUGACUAUGCUGCUAAGAAGAUGGGCAUCGACCACAAGGGCCAGGUGUGUGUGAUGAUCCACAGUGGCAGCAGGGGGCUGGGCCACCAGGUGGCGACAGGUAGGACUGCUCUCUCUACCCAUGUUGGAAAUGUGCAUUUUUGUUUCGUUUUUAAAGAAUUGUCUGUCACGUGGUCUCCUGUCUGCACGGUGUAUUGUCUGUAACGUGGUCUCCUGUCUCCUGUCUGCACGGUGUAUUGUCUGUAACGUGGUCUCCUGUCUGCGCGGUGUAUUGUCUGUAACGUGGUCUCCUGUCUGCACGGUGUAUUGUCUGUAACGUGGUCUCCUGUCUGCGCGGUGUAUUGUCUGUAACGUGGUCUCCUGUCUCCUGUCUGCGCGGUGUAUUGUCUGUAACGUGGUCUCCUGUCUCCUGUCUGCACGGUGUAUUGUCUGUAACGUGGUCUCCUGUCUCCUGUCUGCACGGUGUAUUGUCUGUAACGUGGUCUCCUGUCUCCUGUCUGCACGGUGUAUUGUCUGUAACGUGGUCUCCUGUCUGCACGGUGUAUUGUCUGUAACGUGGUCUCCUGUCUGCACGGUGUAUUGUCUGUAACGUGGUCUCCUGUCUGCACGGUGUAUUGUCUGUAACGUGGUCUCCUGUCUGCACGGUGUAUUGUCUGUAACGUUGUCUCCUGUCUGCACGGUGUAUUGUCUGUAACGUGGUCUCCUGUCUGCGCGGUGUAUUGUCUGUAACGUGGUCUCCUGUCUGCACGGUGUAUUGUCUGUAACGUGGUCUCCUGUCUCCUGUCUGCACGGUGUAUUGUCUGUAACGUGGUCUCCUGUCUGCACGGUGUAUUGUCUGUAAGGUGGUCUC